CGAGAAAGCACUGGGACCUCGAGAGAGACCCUACAGACCUUCUUGUCGAGUCCCGGACCCUUCGAAAACAGCGCGUAGCCCUUAGCGUUUCUUACAGUUUGGUUGUUUUCAUUGACCGGCAAGGCACUGUUGUGAUUAGAGAGUGGGUUAGAGGCCUGUUGCAGCCAAAAGAAAGAGAAGGGAACACGCAUCGACGUAGACGACUUCAGCCUGAGACAAACACAUCGACCACACGGUUGUGGCGGCGGCGGCGGCGGCGGCAAUACGGCGUCUUGCUAUGUGCACCCACUUUGUACAUCUCCUAUACCUAGAAACCUAGACGUUGUACCUACGCUGUAGGAAGUGUGCUGCAAACAACCAGCUGUUAGGCUCGCAGUAGGGCUAUCGAGGCGCUGCCGGCCUGUCUUCCUCGCUAGUGUUAGCAGAGGCUGAGCAGAAAAUCCGAACCGUUAGUGCUUUACACCUUCUUCAGGCUAGAUUAUAAUAGUGUACGGUGAUAAGAUAGUGAGUACACGUAUGUCCAACAAAAAGGUUCACCCGUGAUUGGCGCGUCAGCGAAAAACUAAACAUUCGUAGAAAAAAAAAAAAAAAAUGGCGACUAAUUUAGCUGCCAUCGAAGAUGAGCAGGUGCUUGCUGACAUGAUGACUACUCGCGUCGAUAAUGAGUUCUAGGGGAGAAGACUAUAGGGACACGUUUGUGUUAUUAUUCCUUGUUUGUCUACUUCGCUGAUUGAUGAUUGCAAGGGUUGUUAGAAAGACGUCGGACACGCGCUCGUUCAAUGCACUGAAUGGCAGCAGGUUGUCUUCAUUCACGGCUAUAAACGGCUCAUAAGUCUCAAUUCUCAUGUUAAACUUCAGUUGUUUCAAUGUUCUCUAACGUCCUGAGACGAAGCCUGCUUUUCGCUAUGUUCGGAUAUAUGUGAGCCGUUCAUUGCUCAUACCUAACGCCAACAGGAUAGAUGUAUGUUUCGACAUGUUACUCACGUCAAUGAUGAAUAACACUAAACAACAUGCCCAAGCAGGGCAAAGCAUUGAGUAAGAGUUCAAUCUUCAGUGGGAGGCAUUGUUUUCUGUGUGAUCCAAAACGCUUCGAGAUGGAUGACUUGGGGUAUUGAUGGGCGAAUAUUGUGCUCAGCCGCAGCUCGAGGAGGAAAGCGACUUCGAGCGACGAAGCGCGAUUCGAAACCGUCUGACAGAGCUAAAGAGACAGAAACGCGAAAUGCGCGAGGCUCAGGCAAAGCGACGUGAGGAUGACCGUGAGCAGGCAAUAAGAAAUAAGGCUGCGCAGGCCCAACUGCAAAAACAGCGUACGAUGGACAUGUACGACGCUAUGGCUAAAUCUGGCCCUGCUGGAAGUACGAAGGUGAUGGAUGUGGGCAUCUACAAACGGGGCGAAGCUGGCGAAGGUAUCGUCACAUCAACUAAUCAGAGUUUAGUCGAAGAUGCCAUCAAGGAGAGUACAAGACAACGCGAACUGGAAAAAAAGCGGAUGCUCGCAGCUUUUGAUGCCGCUGCCAAAUCGGGACCCGCCGGAGCUCCCAAGGAAGUGGACUUCGAGGCGUUCAGAAAAGCUAACGUUGACAACUACGAAAUUGGAAAGCAAGAUUAUGAUCCCACGAUGCAAGUUUCCGGAGGGAUUUCGCUGUAUAAUCCUGAGCUUAUAAAGUCGCCUAAAGCGGGCACCCCCGUAACGUGCAUGAACAAUGGGCCAGAUUUGGCUGCUAUAGCGCGGAACAUCAAUCCUCCGAUGGACGCGAUGCAGCGAGCGAUUCGCGAGCGGCAAGAAGCUUGCGAUGCGGAAAAGAAACGUAUUCUUGCUGCUUAUGCCGCUGCCGCUAAGCAGGGUCCUGGACCAAAACAAAACGUCCUGGAUGACUUCAAGAACGUGAAACUCGAUGAUGCAGAAUUGGCUAAACCAACGCCAAGUGCUUGCGCAGGUUUUAAAGGCGGUGUCCCAAUUGCAAAAGGCACCGACAGCCCGCGGCCUAUGCGCUCGACCUGCUUCAAUCCAACGAAACCCAAGGCUUUGGAUCACGAUGUCACCCCGAUUUCCAGGCCUCCGCCGGUGUUAAAUAUCAGACGGGGAUCGACGUCAACAUAUUCCCUAAGUCCGUUCAGCUCACCACCAUCAGCAGGAACCCCUUCACAGGGCACACCCCCUCAAAACGCUACGCAUUUGCAAUCAACUUCUCUUGACGAAGCUGCUCGCAAGCUCGAGGGUGUUGAUGCUGCUCAAAAAGCACUGCAGGCCCGCGUCGAGGCCGCAGAACUGGAACGUCAACGGGUCCUGGCCGCGUACCUUGCGUCAAAGGCACCUAGCUCUUCACGGGAAACUAUCCCAAUGAGGGAGUUACCUACUGGCAACACUUCAGACAGUCCUCAAGUUGCGAGGAAAGUAACUACUGGAGGAUCUACUGCUUUCCGCCCAAUACCAAUCAGACCACCUAGGCCCCUCAAAUAGUUCGAAUUUACCCGCUAUCAACGUUGCCACUCAUAGCAUUUACAAUAAUCUAAAUCGACCUUUGUGCGCCAAUACAACUUGAUGGUACAACAAGAUGGUGCGUUAUACUCAAAGUCAAUAUAUCUGCUACCAUUAUGAAUCCGCUAAGCAAUACGGUUAUUAUUUAUUUUGUGAUGUUUUCUUCAGUAACUAUAUUCUAAUGGGCAGUAAAAAUAAAUCAGACUUGUAUAUUGUCAAAAG